AGCAAAGUUGUAGGCUAGUUCACCAGGAUGGUCAGUGAAGGGAGAGGAAAGCCAAAGCUGGUGGUGAACAUUGAAGUCUCCAAGAAUGGAGAUCUCUGCAAAAGGGAAAGGGUCAGAAUGUGCUCCACUUUGGAAGUUAAGUAGUCAAAUAUUAUGUUUGCUUAUACCAGUAUCCAUAUUGACUCAUAAGAAUGUUCCGUUUUAUACAUCAUCCAUGCAAGUGAUAUGUGAUUGUUAUAGUAUUUUAUGUUGGUCAUGUAAUACACAAAUAUUUUGUAUGGUACCAAUAACUCCUGCCACAACAGGCGUGAAUUUUUAUUUAUUUGUUUAUUUUUUUAUUAUUUAUCUAUUUAUUUUUCGGAGACCAAGAACCCUCCCAAUGCUAGUGUUGUAGAAAACUGCUGAUGUAGCUUGUAUCAGAGAUUGGCAGACGAUUGCUACUUAGGAGUUAUAUGAACAUCAUGGCUUUUCAUGUACUUUACCUGGGUAGUGCAGCAUGAAAUCCAAGUAUAAAAAUGGUGAGUGAAAUCAGAAGAUCGUGUACUUGUAUUGUAAGUUUAAUGUUAGUGGCGAUGUUAGGCCCCCCGAUGCUACAAAUAAUUCUCUCUCUCUCUCUCUCUCUCUCUCUCUCUCUGCAUCUGAGCUCUUAAAAAUGUAGUAUUUUCGAUCAGAAGAGCGUCGAUAUGUAUUCGAUGCUGUGUAUGUGUGUGUGUGUCUAUCACCAUCCUACGCUGCGCCAUUGUUUUUGUGUGGAGUACCGCGUGAAUAGAUUUCCAACUUCAUGCACACUACUUACUGCCCUUUCUAUCAAGAUCAAUAUAGCCUCAAAUACUGGACGUGGUGGUGGCUGAUGGUGUUAACUCUAGCGGCAGCCAUGGAACGAGGAGAGCUGGGGCGUGGGGAGGUGCUCUCUCUGUUGGUGCGUCUGGCCUUCGCCACUGCUGCAUCAUACUUCACAAUCAAACUUCUUGUGUCAGCUAUGGAUCCCACCUCCAAACAGAAAAAAGCUGCUAAGAAGAAGGCCCAGGAGGUGAUGCGUAGACUUGGCAUCAAAGAGAAAAUAUCUUUAAAUGAAUAUGAGCUGAUGAUUGCCAGUCAGCUGGUAGAGCCAAGCCAGCUGACCACCUCCUGGAGGGAUGUGGCAGGUCUCACCCCUAUUAUUCAAGAGCUGCGAGAGACACUUAUUCUCCCCAUCCAGCAACGCAAUCGCCUCCAUAACUCAAAGCUCAUUCAGCCCCCAAAAGGGGUGUUACUGCAUGGCCCACCUGGCUGUGGCAAGACCUUGCUGGCCCGGGCUGUGGCUAAGGAAGCUGGUGCUCGCUUCAUCAACCUGGAUGUUGCAUCCCUUACUGACAAAUGGUAUGGGGAAUCUCAGAAGCUUUCUUCAGCUGUCUUCUCCCUGGCUAUGAAGCUUGAGCCAUGUAUUGUGUUUAUUGAUGAAAUAGAUUCCUUCCUGCGAGUACGGGCCACAGGAGAUCAUGAGGCCACAGCCAUGAUGAAGGCUCAGUUUCUGCAACAGUGGGAUGGUCUAGCCACUGAUCAUGGACGUUGUGUGGUGGUUAUGGGGGCCACCAAUAGACCACAAGAUGUGGACCGCGCCAUUUUACGUCGCAUGCCAGCUGCAUUUCACAUUCCACUCCCAGGAGUGGAACAACGUGAAGAGAUUCUACGUCUAGUGUUACGGGAAGAGGCUGUAAGAGAAGAUGCUGAUAUUGCUGGUUUGAGUAGACAGACUGAAGGUUUCUCUGGCUCAGAUCUGCUGGAGUUGUGUCGCACUGCCUCUGUAUAUCGACUGCGCCACUUUCUGGAAAUAGAGUCAGAAGUUCCAGCUGACCAGAGUCAAGGAAAGCAAACAGAUGCUGAUUCCUUGAGGCCCAUCACAUCAGGUGACUUCAAGCAGGCUUUGGGGAAGAUGAAGCAAUCGCGGGUGUACAACAGGCAAGCCGAAGCCUUGCUCAAGAUGGACCUAGACUGAAGUGUCUACUUGGCAUUUCAAAUGGCAUAGUAUGUGACUAUUUAGUUAGUUAAACUGAUAUAUUAAUAAUAGAUUUUUUUGUAGUACUGUUACAUCUUCAGAGUCAAAUUUUAUAAUAUAAAUAAAUUAUAAACCAAAGUACUCUUAACUGCACAUAUGAUUUUUUUUUUUACUUUUUUUUUGUCAGGAGUUUGAAUCACAUUUCCAUGUAUUUACAUUCAUGGUUCAUUGACACACACACACACACACACACACACACACACACACACACACACACACACACACACACACACACACACACACACACACACACAGUUUCCUGUACUGAACUAAUGAAAUCUGGAGUGAUUUGAAGAAAGGUGGUUGUGGCAAACGGUGUACACAUGUUGAAAGAGAAACUGGAUAAGAUGAGCUUUGGCUUGUGCCCUGUACAAUACAACUAGGUAAAUAAACACACACACACACUCAAAUAUAUAUAUUUACAGUGAUACCUUGACUUACGAGUGCCCCAACUCACAAAUUUUU